AGCCUGGAUAUGCACCUGGUUAUGGUGGAGCACCACAAGGUCAACCAGGUUAUGGAGCCCCACCACAGCCUGGAUAUGGAGCACCACCUCAGCCUGGAUAUGGAGCACCACCACAGCCUGGAUAUGGAGCACCACAACAGCAAUCUGGUUAUCCCCAGGCUGGAGUCGAUCCUAAUUUGUACAACUGGUUCCAAGCAGUUGACCAAGAUAGAUCUGGCAGGAUAACAGCUACAGAACUCCAACAGGCACUCACAAAUGCAAACUGGAGUCAUUUUAAUCCAGAAACAUGCAGACUCAUGAUUGGUAUGUUCGACAGGGACUUCAGUGGUACAAUCGAUUUCAAUGAAUUCUGUAGUUUAUGGAACUAUAUUCACCAAUGGAAGGGCAUAUUUGACCGGUUUGAUGGUAACAGAUCUGGAACUAUUGAAAGUCAAGAACUACAAAGUGCAUUUUCGAUGAUGGGCUUCAAUGUAUCUCCCAGGUUUGUGCAGCUAAUUGUUUGGACAUAUGACACCCAUGGAAGAAGAUCAUUAACAUUAGAUAAAUUCAUCCAGUCCAGUGUGAUGUUGAAGUCAGUCACAGAUACAUUUAAACAAAAGGAUACAAAUCUCAGUGGUGUAAUCAAUGUUGGCUAUGAAGAUUUCAUGUAUAUGGCUAUGUCAAAUAAACCAUAGGAACCAAAAUAAAAAGGCAAUUAGUGGAAUCCAAACAUAACUUGGAUCAUACCCAUUUUGGAAUUCAUUGUGUAAUGUCUCAUUCAGUUGUUUACCACUAUAUGUGGUGAGCGAUAGCUCUUCAGUUUGAUUCAUUAUUCAAAUAAUAAACACUAACAGAACCAGCAACCCCUCGAUGUGCACCAGUUUUGUCAUCACGUAAUCUCACAGAAUUGGCUUCUCAUUGUGUCUGCUGACACAUAAUUGAAAAAUAACAGACUACAAUUCAAACUUUUGAAUGGGGACAGUCUGAUAAGAGACAAGCUGUCUCAAUAAAAUAAAGACAAUCAAAAUUGAAGAUAAAGCAGCUCGAGUUAGAUAUUCACAUUAUGUAUUUGUUUCAUAUAAAUAUCAUGUAUAGGCUUGAUAAAAAAGAUCUCUAGAAUGAUAACAUCGGGGUGAUAUGUAUUACUAUGUAAUGAAGUACAUGUAUGCAGUUUCACCUAUUUGUACAAUAUUUGAAAAAUGUGAAUCCAUUCCAGGAUUAUCACAAAUGGAUAGAUAUUAUGUAGAUAACAUUAUUUCUCAUAUGUACAGCACAAAGUAAAGUACAUGUUCAGAUGCGUGUUAACAAAGAUAUUUGUGAAAACCCUACAUGUAUUUUCAAGUCUCUGGACCCUCUCAUCUACUUCACCACCAUUUGGGAGAUUUGUAAUGGGGCUGGAGCUUGUAGCUAGCUGGACUAAAUGAUGAGGUUUGAAUCUGUUGUGAGACUGACUGUAACUGAAUCAGUUAUGACAUGGCAAAACAUUUUGCAAAUUAAUAUGUUGUUCUUCACAUCUUUAUGAACCUAUUUCUUAAAGGGAAUAUAGUACUUGUAAAAUAAUAUAAAACUAUAAUAAACCAAUAAAAUAAUAUAACUU